GAAAAGUUUAGAAAUCUAGAACUUAAACUUAUAAUAUAUCAUAUCUACUCUAGUAUCUACUAUAAAAAGUAUUAGUAGUAUAAUUAUUUUAUCUAGAAAUCUAGUAAUUUAAAGAUGAGCCCAUGAAAGGGUCUUCAUCAGAUGUGACACAAGUGACAAUAGUCUAUAUCCUUGAGUCUUGACUCUUGAAUAGACUAGCUAUAGAACUAGACUCUAGAUCACAAUCAUCAUACUAUUCAUAGAGAUGAUCUAGACUAGAUCUAUAGGUCUCCAAUCUAUUAAGUCUGUUAAUAAGCUUUAUUAACUCGCUGACAGUUACAAUGACAUUCUAAUAUUGAUCUCCAUCUAGAUUUCACUCAAUUGAAAAUGAGCCUCAAUGAUUGUGGAAUCAUUUCACCCUUUUCAGUAGCCACAGUAGUUGUUGCUGACAAUUAUAUUGAUACAUUUCCACAUCCACAAGGACUUGUAGUAUAUUUAAAAAGACUUUUUGCCCAACUUGAUAUUGAAGUGCUCUCCUCUGAUAGACCUUACACUAUAAAAAGUUCAUGGAUAACGAUUUUUAAAAUGGAUGCAUUUUUAAAAACAUUACUUGCCACACUUCAGAGUGCUUAUUCUAGGGGAGCAGUUCUUGAUGAAAUAGAUUUUAAUGCAGCUUUAGCACAUUUCAAAGAAACCAAUAAUUUUGUUGAUGAUAGGUGUAGCUCUGAAAAAACAAAAAUAUAUUGUUCUCCAAACAAUUUUUCUCAAAUACAUUCAUCAUCGUCAUUGGAGCCAGAACCUAAUUUAGAAAAUAAUACAGUAUUAUCAUCAAAACCAGUAAAACAAAGUUCUACGAACAAUAAGCUUCUUGAUAAAUGGUAUUUUAACUCAAAUUUACGAGGUAAAACAGUUGAUAAAACUCGACGGCAGAUCUCUGCUUCUUGUAAAUCUCCUCCUGAACCAUAUGUUAUUGUUGAGGCAGAGGAGUCUAAUAAAAUGAGACAGCCUAGUGUUAUUGAAAUUGAAGAAGCAUUGUGUCAAGUAUAUAAAAAAGAAACUAUUGAAAAGUAUCAUAAGAAGUAUGCCAAUCAUGAUUCAGGAAAUAAUUUAAUACCGAAAGAUGACCUAAAUGAAAACUCUGAUACAAAGGUCAAAGAUCAUAAAUUAAGCAACACUAAAACUUUAGUUGAUAUUAAAACAAGUUUCUUAAUAAACCCUCCGAAGAAAUUAAAAACAACAAAUAUGAGAAAACAAGAAAAAGUAACCUACUUAAGGAAAAGAAGAUUGAAAAACAAAAUAGUAAAUGAUUCUGAACUUCCAAGAAAAAGCUGUGCUAAAAUAGAAAUUAGCAUGUCUUUCAGUAGAGCUCCAGACAAUGAAAGACGACAGUCCUUGAGACAGAAAUGUAAGAAACGUAGUGAGAACUUUGAAAGUGUGUCUGGAAAGAUAAAAAGAAAAACAAAAAAAGAUCCAGAUGCUGAUGGAAAAAAUGGUGGACAUUGUUUAAAGAUAAACAAAACAAUAAAGACGGCGUCCUCCAAAAAUCGGAUAAAAAAUUCUAAUGAAGGAAAUAGUGAGAAAUAUAAAGCUACAAUUCAGCCAAACAAAAGUGAAAAGUUCUCACCUUUUAAACAUGAAGGUUUAAUGGAACCAGAAAACAAUGUUCCACCAAGCAAUAAUUCACUGACACAAAUACAAAACAAAGACUCUUCUGAAGAAAUCAAUCAGAUCAAAAGGGAAAUUUCUGAUGCUGUUCCAGGUACAGACAAAACAUCAAAUACUAAUACAUCUGGUCUCAUUUAUAACUGUGAUAAAUGUCUUUACGAAACCUCAAAGUCGACACAGUUAGUAGAGCACCAGAGAAGAGUGCACUUGACGAAGAAAUUCACUUGUGAAAUCUGCACUAAAGAAUUUGGUUAUAGAAAGGACUUGCGACGACACAUGAAAUGUCACACCGAAGCAGAAAAUUGUUGCGAUGUGUGUGGGAAACUGUACAAGGAGGCACGACAGUUGCUUGAUCAUAAGAAAAGUCAUGCAGAAGAUUACAUCAAACCAGAGUUUCCGUGCAAGUUUUGCUCCAAGAUAUUUAGCACUAAGUAUGUACUAGCCUAUCACAUCAAGUCAAACCAUCUGGGUAUGAAACGCUUGUACAUGUGCCCUUCCUGUGGCAAAAGCUUUUCGCAAAAAAAAUCGUAUCUCCAACAUGCCAAUGUUCAUAUGGGAAUACGUCCAUUUGUGUGUGAAGUGUGUGGGAAGAAAUUUUCCUACGUGAAGUCCUUAAACCAACAUAUGUAUAUGCAUAAAGAAGAAAAAUUGUUUCCUUGCAAAUUAUGUGAUAAAUCUUUCAGACAAUCCUCAGGUUUGGCUACGCACUUAAAGGUCCACAAGACUACCAAGGAUUACGUCUGCUCAAUGUGUGGGAAAGGAUUCAGCCAAAGACAAGCUAUGACGAGACAUGAAAGAAUUCACGUUGGAGAGAAACCUUUUGAGUGUGGCUUGUGUAGGCGGACAUUUGCUGACUCAUCAGUCUUGAGGCGGCACAUGAUCCAAAUUCAUAAAAAGGAUCCUAAAAAGUGGCGAGAAGAUACCAUCUCCCACCGCCUGAAAAAGACAGAUUUUUACAUUAACGUCAUAAGCAAUGCCAACUCAGAUACAUUAGAUCAUUAUGAUCCAAUAAAUCAAGGUGCUGCUGGUGAGUUGACAGCAAUGAUGCAACAGAACAUAGAUCAGCCAACAGAUAAAUCUCAGCAGAUUUGCCUCUCAGGCCAUCACCAGCAACUGGGAGAUGUCCAUAGAGAUGUGGAACAUUAUAUUUCAGUUUCUAUGCUAUCUGGAGAUUCAGCCACUGAAACAACAGUGAAGGAUGAGCAAGUUUAUACAAACUUUUAUAAAGCUAGGACAUCUAAUGAACAGUACAAUUCAUUUCAUGAUAUCAAUACUCAAACCAAUAUUCAGCCCCAAGUUUUACAGGCUGGCUGUAAUCUUUCGGCUGUCAAUCCAAUGUUUACACCCCAACAGUUCGCCGUACAAGAAAACUUGGCCCCCAGUGCACUUGAAAACAUUAACAUGGCACAGUCAACAGAUUCUAUAGUACCGCCUCAACAAUCUGUUCAUACCCAAAAUACAUUUGUUCCUGUUGGGUAUACCCAGAGACAUUUUACCUAUGACCCCAGCAUGAUCAACCCAGGAGAGCCUCAGCAAAUGCAGUAUGCAACAGUUAUGUGUCAGCCUUGUCCCCAGACUAUUGUUGUUUUGCAAAAGAAUGCAUCCUCUGUGGCCUACCAAACUCCUGGUGUCAAUGUUACCUAUCACAAUUCUAGUGUUAAUAAUCUUCUAUCUGGUGACCAUAGCUCUUAAUUGAAAAUGAUUGCUCCAUUCAUAUUACAUUUUUUAAGACAACUUUAGCUAAGACAUAAUUGCACAUUUAUGUACUGUACAUAUGGCAUUAAAAUGUAAAAAUUAUUAUUGUAUUAUGUUUGUAAAAAUUGUAAAGCCUAUUAUAAGUAUUUAAGUAUCUAUGUGAGUCACUGUAAGUGAUGUACAUCAAGUACUUUAACUGUAGGAGUUUGAUAGCGGCCCCCCAUAGGGGAAAAGACACUAUUAGUUUUGUGUGGCUUGUCUGUCCGUCCGUCAGUCCCGUUUAGAUCUCAGAAACUAGAAGAGAAAAUGAAAAUAGGACAUCAUUUUACAUCAUUCAAAGUUCUGAUGCAACUGCUACUUUUUUCUUUUCCGAAAGUGAACCAUUUUAAAAUUAUAUAUGCAAGCAGAUUUUUUUUUUAAAUUACACCACUUUUCAAUGAAAAACUUCAGGGGAGGUAACUUUUUUUUGAAAAGGUCAUGGACUUCUUCAUUAUUAACUCGAGCUUCAUUCAUAGAUUCACGCAUUGGUACAAAAAAUUUGCAUCUAAGGUCACAAUGGUAAAAGUGUCAAUGGAUCAUUAUAAAAUAUAUUUAAUAGAAUGCUGAAUUUUGAUAGGAACAUCGUUUUAGUUAUAAGUUUAAAAAAAAACGAAGUACUUUUAUAGCGCGCAGUUUUGACAUAUCCUUAUUAUAGGGGCCGACACUUGACAGUCUAAAUAAGACUAAAUAGGGCCCAUAUCUAGAUAUAUUUAUAUAUAUAUAUAUAUUAUAAAUGUAUUGAUAAUUCGUACAAAAUUUUAAUUAUUAAGGCAAUAACUUAUCUUCUGACAGGUUAGGGGUGCAGAAUUAUUUAUUAUGUAAACAAUAGAAUCACAUUAAGAAAUGAAUGGGAUAUGAACAGCAUAGUACACCACUGUUGUUGGCCUCCUUCAGUCGUAGGACGACUCUGGUUCAUCUCGCACACUUCCUCGUGUGGCUGUGGAGCCCUAUUUAGGAGAGACACUCCCGUCCACAAAUAUCGCAGGUUAAGGUGGCUUUUGCUUCGGUGGUAGAGGAGCUAGCCAUUUUUCGUAUUGUACGUUUUUCUUCCUGGGCUGAGACCCAUGUUCUUUCACUGUCCACAGUUUUUUUGGCCACUGUCUCUCUCCAUCUGGUGCGGUCUAGAGCUAUAUCAUAUGUCAAUGAUAUGUCUUCCCAAUGGUCAGUAUUGAUGUUAACUGAUUUGAGGUCCCGUUUUAAGUACACCAUUACCCGGUAACAAAAGGCCUACAAUUCAUGAUCAUAACAUUGGCAUCGGUUUAGUCAUUUUAAGAUAAAACGUGUAAAUUCAUACGAGUUCUAGUCUAGAUAUAGUAGAUUCUAUGUCUAUAUCAAGAUUCUAUAUCUAGCUCUAGAUUCUAUAUCUAGCUCUAGAUUAGUCUAGAUCUAGACUUAGAUUAACUUAGAUCUAUUUCUAGACUUAGAUCUAAAACAAGCCUAGAUCUAUGUCUAGUUCGUAUGACAAUGGAGAUAUUAAUUUUUAUUUGCGAGGGGAAAGUCUUUUAAGUCAUUUGUAGGUCAAGAAUUUUUUUUUUUUCCGUGUUGCCAGUUUAUCUAAUUUUGUAAGAAGAAUAAAUCUUUUUUAGUUUCUCGUUAUAGGGGCCUACGUAUAACAUGCUAUUAAUUUCCAAUUUUAUAAGGUUAAUAAUUAUUAUUUUUAAAAAUAUAAGUGUACGCUAAAUGAAUAUAUGGAGAUGCUGUGGCUGAGGGGUAAAGCACUUGUAACCGGAAGUCCUGUGUUCGAAUCCUGGUGAAGACUCUAGGUGGACCACUUCGGGGGCCAAUUUUGAGUUUGUGUUUCCACACAAACUGUCUUUGUAACCUUGUUUGUUGUUGUUGUUUCUUUUUGGACCCAAGACCAAUGGUCACAACCAGGUCUUUUGUGUAGCAGGGCCUAAUUGUUUGGUUAAAGAGACUGUCAUAGGAAGUCCAUGUGAUAUUCUCUGGGCUAUUGUUUUAGAAAUGGUACUACUUUUGCAAUGGGCAUUGUUUACUAGGUACUUGAAAAUAAUGUAUUUGUUAAAUUUUUAUGCACAAAGCUGAAACUUUUAUUUACAUGUUAAAAGUUAAGUUUUUUUUUGUUUUGUUUUUUAGAUUGAAAAAAAGUAAAGUUUAAAUUAGUUUAGUUAA